AAUGACAGAUACGGGAGCAAGCUGCUCCCUCUCUCUCUUCUCAGCCUCGAAGGCUGACGAUUCAGAUUUUGACAUAAGUAUUAAAAUAGGAUCUCAAACUUUCGCCAUAGAUCAAACGUUUACUUUCAACGGACCCGAUCUAAACGUCACAAUUACAACUUUAGAAGACUCUGAAAUGGAAGAAGAAAACAAGGUUCCCUCAACAACUGGUUCAAGUGAUCCCCACUUUUUACAAAUAGUUAAAGAUAAGAAAACGGAUAAGGCAAAAUUUAUAUGCUAUGACGUGACGGGUAAAACUGGGGAUAAGAUAAGAAUUUUCUCAGAUUAUUCUUCGAAUAUAACUGUUAUUGGACAACCUGUGGACGAUUACUACAUGCAUAAAGUAUUCAUCUAUUUCCCAUCUGGAAAUUUAACAAUCACAAUGAAUGAAAUAUAUUUACAAUCGAUCAGCAUUAUGCAAUGGAAGAAUGAACUGGACUUUUUUCAAAGUUACAAUGGCCGAUUAUCGUUAAAGAAAACGAAUCAUAUUUUGCAUAUUAGACCAUCUUUUUCAGAUUCUCAGUUGACAUACAAGAUUAUCAAAUCGAAAAAACUGAUAGGCGGAUACUAUCUUGACAUUUCAAUUGAAGGGCUGGGAUUCAAUUAUCAUAAAACAGGAGGUCUUAUAGGACGUAUUGGGAGAAAUGACUUUAACUUUUAUGAUAAUAUUCAAAAGCAAGAUUUAAUAACUGAAGAGAAAGUUGGAAUUGUUGCAAAUGGUUGUUUAAUAAGCGGAAGAAAAGAGAAUAGAGGUGAGGACGGUACAGUUCCCCAUCAAUCUGAGAUAAGAGAUUUGUCAAAAAAGAAAAAAAUUGGACAUAUAGCGGGUAACAAUGUUGUCUAUGGCAAAAAUGGAUAUAUUUUCUUGCCUGAAUUUUCCAAGUUCAUUGUUACGAGUGACGAUGACCUAAAACCUAAUGGAAGUUUUACUAUUGAAAUGAUUAUGAAAGAGGACUACCGUAUUCAAGGAAACUAUCCGUUAUACAUUUUUAAAAAAGAUUUCCAAAUUAGUUUAAGAAUUGCUAAAAAUGGUUUCGCAGAUUUGGUUUAUAAUACUGAAAGCAACGGACUAUUAUUAACCAAUUUUAUGAUUGAAAGCUUAGGAGAAUCAUUGGAGUAUAUUGGUUUAACAUUUAACUCUCAAUCCUCCAAAUUAAUUUUGUAUAAGAAUGCUGAAAAAGUGAAAGAACUAACUCUGUCUGUUCAACUUCAACAAAGCAAUUAUCCUUUAUAUAUAGGUCAUUGUGAUACUAGUUGCAAUCCUCGUGAUUUUGAAGGCCGCAUAUAUGCCUUUAAAUGGACUAACGUUUAUAGAGAACAAGAAUACUUUAAUGAAACUUGGGAAAGAGGUAAUUGUGUGUGUAAAGAAUCUUAUUAAAUUUCAUUAUUAUAAAACAUCUUAAAGCGUCUGAGAAUACUAACUUGUACUAGAGUUUCACGAUUACACAGGUUCUCUAGACAUUCUAGAUCUUGUUCACUUUAUCUCCUAGAUAAAGUUUAAACAGAACUGUCUUUAAUAUCAUUUCAUUAUUUAAAACUAUUGAAUUUUUUAAUGCGUAACACAAACAAAUUUGAAAUAGUUAUUCACACAAUGUUCGAUCAUUACAAAAGCCACUAAUAAAGACAAUAAACCUAACUACUAAUAGGUACAUAUAAACCAGAAUUUAGAUUCAAAUAUACGAUAUGAUUUUGAAGAAAAUGUUGAAAAUUCAAAAGGAUCAG